CUCACUUGUGAUGGCAAGGAGACGGAGGGAGGACGAGUCGGCGGGAGGACGAGACGCAGGGAGACAAAUGCUCUGCAGCAGAUGAGCCGUUGAUUGGACACGGGGAGACGGAGUAAAGGCGCCAUCACAGCCUUAUGCUCCUCGGAGAAUCCAUUGUGCGAGCAGGUAACGGGAACAUUAUGAGGACGUUCCUCUGACAGAACAACGCACGAAGCCGGAGGAAAUGAGGAGAGACCGAGCAGGGAGGAAGCGUAAGGAAACAGACAAGUGGAGCAGGACUAUGAUGGUCCCCGUCGCGGUUCUGCUGGUGCUCCUGCUGCUCUCUGGACCCGCGUCGUCUCUCCAGGGAGACGCUCAGGAAAUCGGGAACAGCGACGAGAUCUUUGAAAGAGAGUUCAUCUACGCGGCCAAGCGGCAGAAGCGGGCCGUGGUUGACCAAGGAGCCGCCCAGACGGACAAAUGCUCCUACACCUUCAUCGUCCCUCAGCAGAAAAGCCACGGGGCCAUCUGCGUGAACUCCAAGGAGCCCGAGGCUCUGCUGGAGAACCGGGUCAGCAAGCAGCAGCUGGAGCUGCUCAACGGCGAGCUGCAGAAGCAGCGGCAGCAGAUCGAAGCGCUGCAGCAGAUGGUGGAGGUGGACGGGGGGGUGGUCAACGAAGUCAAGCUCCUGCGCAAGGAGAGCCGCAACAUGAACUCCAGAGUGACGCAGCUCUACAUGCAGCUGCUGCACGAGAUCAUCCGCAAGAGAGACACGGCGCUGGAGGCCUCGCAGCUGGAGACGCGCACGCUCAACCACACGCACGAGAUGGCGAGGCUGGCCUCGCGCUACCGCGACCUGGAACACAAGUACCAGCACCUGUCGGCGCUCGCAAACAACCAGAGCGCUCUGCUGGUGCAGCUGGAGGAGCAGUGUCAGCGGGGGGGACAAAAGCAGCCCGUGGUGCAGGACAGGACGCGGCCCGCCCGCCCGCGGCCCGCCGCCAUCCCUCAGCCUGCCGUACAGAUGCCGCCGCUGUCCCCCGGAGGCUACAGGCCCUACCACCCGCCCACCUUCACCCGCCACACCAACAACCCCAUGACCAACGAGAUACAGAACGACCAGAACACCAAGGCGCUGCCCCCCCCGCUGGCCACGGUGCCCAGCGCGACGUACGGCUUCACCAGCGAGCCGUCCGGUCCUUUCAAAGACUGUCUAGAGGCUCUGGAGUCCGGAUACACCACCAGCGGCAUGUACCUCCUAAAACCAGACAAUGGCAACCGACUCAUGCAGGUUUGGUGUGACCAGGGACAUGACCCCGGCGGCUGGAGUGUCAUUCUGAGACGUCAGGACGGCUCAGUAAACUUCUUUAGAAACUGGGAGACCUACAAGCAAGGGUUUGGAAACAUUGAUGGCGAAUACUGGUUGGGCCUGGAGAACAUCUACUGGCUGACCAACCAGGGCACCUACAAACUGCUGGUGACCUUGGAGGACUGGAGCGGACGCAAGACCUUUGCCGAGUACGCCAGCUUCCGCGUGGAGUCGGAGUUAGACUUCUACAGGCUGAGAGUGGGCCGAUACCACGGCAGUGCCGGGGACUCGCUCACCUGGCACAACGGCAAGCAGUUCACUACACUGGACCGGGACCACGACGUGUACGCGGGUAACUGUGCCCACUACCAGAAGGGAGGGUGGUGGUACAACGCCUGCGCCCACUCCAACCUGAGCGGCGUGUGGUACCGCGGUGGGCACUACCGCAGCCGCUACCAGGACGGCGUCUACUGGGCCGAGUUCAGAGGAGGAGCUUAUUCUCUGAAGAAAGUGACCAUGAUGAUAAGACCCAAUGCAAACACCUUCCAUUAAAACCUGUGGUUGCCCCACACCUUUGGACAGAUUUGAGACUUGGCUACAAAGCGCACUCAGUUUGAAAAUACUCCAAAUACCGUCCACAUGCUGGGAUGACUUACAAGGUAUCUCCAUGUAUUACAGCGCAGGGAUACCAUGUAAGCGCUUUUUAUAUAGGAGAAUCUGAAAUUUUAAAAUGUUUUUCUGUGUGCCAUCUCCAUUUAUUCUUAACCAGUAACAUAUAUACAGAUAUUUACACAUCAGAUCCCACUCGUGCGUUUUCCUUCAUCCCGACAGCAAAAAAUGUCCCGACAGACCUUGUAGUUGCAGAGAAUGAGCAUUUUUAGUAUGUUCACGCCAUUUUUGCAGCAGAGGCCCAAAAAGAGGCUAAAGUCCAACGCUUCAAGUCAUGGAAAGUCAUUCCAAAGGGAAUUGGUUUUAUCAGAGGGUUUCUACAUCACAAAAAGCACAGAAACACAUCAUUUUGACCUUUAGUUUUUGCUUCUUUUUUUCUUUUUUCUUUUUUACAGUUGCCUUACAUUUACAAUAUAGCUUCAAAAAAAUAUUAAGAUUUGGUAAGUAAAUUUGGAAUGGCCAAUAGUAAACAAUUGGUCUUCUGAUCACUUAAUUUAAGAACAUCAACAAGCAUAAAAUCCUAAUGGACACUAAAGUCAUUAUUAGCCAAGCUAGCUCCACAUAAAGGCUGGACUGACUGAAAAAACACCUCAGAUUAACUCGACCUAGUCAUUUUUCUAACUAGCUGUUUCACAUGAUGUGCAUACUUUAGGCCAGGGAGCCCAAUAGGCCAAAGGAAGUACCAGUCGAUUGCCUGCCAUUUAGAAAAUAAAAUAUCCUGUCACGCAGGAUUGGUGGACUGCAGGAGCUAAACCGGGCAGAUCUCCAUGAAAGGUCCUUUAGGUUAACCACGGCCUCACGACCCCCUGUAACUGAAUGAGGAGCAGAUUUACAAAUACAAUUUCACAGCGGUUUUAGCAAGUGAACUACAGUACAUUUAGUCACCCGACGUUAUGCGAGUAAAGGUUAUUCCCUCUACCCACCAACGCGCCCUGGUCUGUUGGAAAUGUCGUCACUGCAUCAAUGUGCAGAAUCAGUAUGUACCAGGUAUUCUGUGUAUAUAUAUGCAGUCUCAUUCAAAUUAUUUUUUAUAGUCUAUGUUAUUAACCUCGCAAUAAAUAUGUAGAACUCUG